AUGGAGUACCAGGGGCAGCACGGGCACGAAACCAACAAGGUGGAGGAGUACGGCAAGCCGGUGGCCGGGCACGGCGGCGUCACCGGAGGCCCUACGGGAACACACGGCGCUGCAGCCGGAGGUUUCCCAAACCCUUUGUUUUACACCGCUGGCGGGCAGCUCCAGCCGAUGAAGGAUGACCACAAGACCGAUGGCAUCCUGCGCCGCUCCGGCAGCUCCAGCUCUAGCUCGUCCGAGGACGAUGGAGUGGGCGGGAGGAGGAAGAAGGGGAUGAAGGAGAAGAUCAAGGAGAAGCUCCCCGGAGGCGGCCACAAGGACACCGCCGAGCAGCAGCAGCAGACGGCGGUGGCCGGGGAGUACGCCGGUACGCACGGCGCGGAGGCCACCGGAGAGAAGAAGGGCGUCAUGGAGAAGAUCAAGGAGAAGCUCCCCGGCGGCGGGACGCACUGAGCUGUAUCUGCUCCAAGCCUUCGUGUUGGACUACGUCAGAGCUCAGCAGCAUGCGUGUGUUGCAAAAUAAGAUCCCCGCGAGGGGUGUGUGUUCGUGAU